AUGACAGAAAGUUCAUCCUCAAAGACAACAGUGCAUCUCGUAGGUGGAUUUCUUGGUGGUUUAAGUUCAGCAGUGACCCUUCAACCAUUGGAUCUCCUGAAAACAAGAAUACAACAACAUAAAGGGUCCACGUUAUUGACUGCAUUAAAAGAAAUUAAAAAUCCAUUACAAUUUUGGAGAGGAACAUUACCAUCAGCAUUAAGAACAUCAAUCGGUAGUGGCUUAUAUUUAUCAUGUUUAAAUAUUAUGAGAACCACUUUAGUUAAAGAAAGAUCUACUCUUCUACCAUCUUCUACAUCGACAUCGCCCUCAUCCAUUGGAUCAUUUGGUAAAAGUAGUAAAUUACCACAAUUAACCAUGUCAGAAAACUUAAUAACUGGUGCACUAGCAAGGGGUCUCGUUGGUUGCAUUACCAUGCCCAUCACGGUAUUGAAAGUAAGAUAUGAAUCCACAUUUUAUCAUUAUAAAAGCUUGAAUGAAGCCAUAAUAAAUAUUUACACUACAGAAGGUACCAAGGGGUUCUUUCGAGGAGUUGGUGCAACUUGUCUUAGAGAUGCUCCCUAUGCUGGGUUAUAUGUCUUAUUAUAUGAGAAAUCGAAACAAAUUGUGCCGAAAUUCUUGCCCACUGCUUUGAUUCAUUAUGAUAAGAAUGGGAAAUAUAAUAUGUCUACUUCUACUUUGGUGAACUCUACAAGUGCGUUUAUAUCGGCAAGCUUGGCCACUACCGCGACAGCACCACUUGAUACUAUAAAGACAAGGAUGCAAUUGGAUCCUAAAGUGUUUAAUGGGUUUUUCAAAACAGUGUAUAUUAUUGUAAGGAAAGAAUCUGUUCUUAAUCUGUUUAGUGGACUGAGUAUGAGAUUAACUAGGAAAGCAUUAAGCGCUGGGAUCGCAUGGGGCAUAUAUGAAGAUUUAAUCAAAAGAUUCAUGUAA